AGCGGAACGUUCUCCGUGAGCGGGUAGGCUUGGUAGGCGUCGUUACAUCCUAUUUGACGUGGCUCACAGGUUUUUUGCAAUGAGUUGCUACGCCAUCGCUUCACCUCCACCGUUCUUACCUACACCGGGCCAGCUUGACGUGCCUUGGCAUCAGUGGAAACUUGGGUUCCUGAACUACUUGGAAGCGAUGGGAGGUGAUGACUUAACAGCGAAACGACGCAAGGCGAUCCUGCUCAAUGCACUUGGACUGGAAGGUCAAAGAGUGUUCUACAGUAUUCCAACGGACUCCAGGAUGGGGCUCAACACGGAACCGUCGACGAGCACUGAACUCCCGCAAAGCUCAGGAGAUGUCUUCGAAGAAGCUAUGCUUGCACUGGAUUUACACUACAAGGUAACCAGGAAUGUGCUACUUGAAAGGCAUCGUUUUCGAGGAAGACGACAACUGUCUGGUGUACUCCCCAAGCAACGACGGGCAUCGCUCUGGCUGUGCUACUACAUGGUCGUAAACCGAGAACAAGGCUCGACAUCGUCGGACUUCCGACAAAGACAUUCUUUUCAGAACCAGAAGCAGAAAUGGCCGCACUGCGACAGAAGACAACUGACAAGCACAUGCGUGUCAAGCAGUAUUUCGAUGCAAGAAAAAGUGCAAGAUCGCCUAACUUUCAGGGCCUACGUCAGGGUGCGGAAACCAAUGAAGGACGGCAAGGCUGCACCAUCCUUCACAGAUCCACUGAAGAUUGUAAAGCAAAAGGGUGCAGCUACCUUCCUUCUAGAAGAUAGACGAACAUGGAAUUCGUCAAAACUCGUAAAGGUACCUCUAGAGUCCUUAAAGCAGAAUCGGGACAGCAUCAACCCCGAGCGACAGUGGCCACAUCUGUCCAAAGAACCCCCAACAACUACUUCGCAGCAGUCUUCAGGAAGCCAGGGAGAAUCCAGUACAAAACAACUCGGGACUCUGCAUUAACGGACACAAGUCUCUUGGGCGAGCCACAGACUCAAGUACUGCACAAUAUCACAGACUCUUUGCGAUAGCUCAGUUUGUGCUUUCCAUAAACUGACACUCUU